UGCUUCUUUCUUUGGUAACAAAACAACCACCGAUCAAUUGAAUGAAGCUUUUUAUUCCUCUUCUUCUAUAUCUCUUCUUUCUCUAAACUCUUUGGUCAUUUUCUUGUCUUUCUUCUCGAUUGUGCGACUACGCAUUAAAAUCUGCUUGUUUCUUGAAAAUGGAGCUGCAAGAUGCUAAGAAUGAUGAGAAUGAGAAAGCCCCUGAGUCUUCUGUGGUUGAGAAUGAUAUAGUUGCCGGGAAUUAUGAGGAAGUGGUGGUUGAAGCUGAGGAAAAGGAUGUGAAUGAGGUUGAAGAAACCGUUGGUGGAGAAAAAGGUAAGGCAGAUGAAGAGUUUGUAGAAACUUUGGUGGAUACCAAUCAGGAUUUGGCAGCCUUAAAAGCACCGGUGGUGGAAAAUGAUGCAGAAAAUGUUACUGUUGAAGAACCCUCUCUUAUUGCUUCUGUUGAAGCAACUUCUUCUGGAAUGAAAAAUCCACUGGGUUUACCUGCGAAAACUAAAAUUGUUAAGAAAGUAAAGAAGCUGGUAAAGAGGAAAAUUAAGAGAGGCACUGCUGCUCAGGUACCUGGUGAGGAGAAUGUCAACAAGGAAGAUGAACAAAGUGCAGAGCCUUCUCUUGGAGAAAGCGAAAAGGAAAUUAAGAAGGCUAUAGAGUCUGUUGCAAAUUCCUCUCAAUGUUCUUCUGGAAAAGACAAAGAUUCAGAACCCUAUCUUGGAGGAAAUGAUAUGGAAUUUCAGAAAGAAUUAGAAGUAGCUCCUCAACCUGCAGAUGAUGUUAAAGUUGUUGGAGGCGAACCUUCUGGUAAGGAAACACUAAAAGAGGUAAAGGGAAGAGCUAAGAGGCAAAGGGGGAAAAAAUUCAAAGGGACUCUUGCUCAGGGGAUGGAUAAAGAGAGUGCAACUGAUAAGAGAGACAUCGGAGCUUCUCCAGGAGGAAACUUGAUCGAAGCUAAGAAAGCUAUUGACGGUUCUGUAGAAGCCAAAACUGGCUUGGCUGAAGACAAGAGACGCAAAAGGAAGAGACAGAGAAAACAGGUUAUAGAUUCAAACAAGAAACCUAGGGAAGAUGUAGUAGCUGCUGCUGAUGCAACAGAACAAAGAAUGGAAGAGAGGAAAGAGCAGCCUGUUGACCCUGAGAAAAGAGAAAUUGAUGGGCAUGGGAAAGUAAAGAUUGGUGGAUUGAUCUUCAUGUGCAAUACAAAAACUAGACCCGAUUGUUUUCGGUUCAGUGUGAUGGGUGUACAAGAGAAAAGGAAGGAUUUUGUCAUGGGUAUCAAGCCUGGGCUUAAGCUUUUUCUUUAUGACUAUGAUCUCAAACUCCUCUAUGGAAUUUUUGAAGCAUCCUCUGCGGGUGGGAUGAAACUUGAGCGCAAUGCUUUUGGUGGAUCCUUUCCUGCUCAGGUACGCUUUAAGAUUUUUAGUGAUUGCAUCCCAUUGGCUGAGAGCCAAUUCAAGAAAGCAAUCAAGGAGAACUACAAUAAUAAAAACAAGUUCAAAACAGAGUUGACUCAUAAGCAGGUAUUUAAGCUUAAAAAGCUUUUUCGGCCAGCUGCAAUCCCUGCACAAGUUUCCCACACCCAGCAAAUCCCUGUUCCUCGUGAUGCUGACAGGAAAAGAUCUGAUAGAGACCGGUAUGCCCCUGGUAGCAGUAGGGGUCACCCGACCCACACACAUGAAAGAAGACGUGCUUCACCUCCUCCACGCAGAGAAGAACAACCGCGUGAUUUAUAUCUUAGUGAAAGGGAGUAUCGAACAUAUGGCUUGAGAGGAGGGGAAACAACCCAGCAUUACCAAAUUCCACCUCCAGAAUCUUCUUCCUCUUACCACAUUGUCAACCGAGACCGUGCUCGUUUGGAUUCUUACCGUGACCACGACCGGCUUUUGAGACAAGCAGAGAUUGAGAGGCAUGACCGUAGGGAAGUUCGUCAUCCUCAUUUGUCUGAGAGAGACUACCACACAUAUGAUCAUCUUAGUUCUAGACGGGAAAUCUUGGUUCGAAACUCGCCCGACCCACCAGCUUCAGCGGUUGCUCUGGACUCCUACAGGAGAGAUCCGUAUUACGUUUAUACUCAUGCUCUUGAAAGACCACCAAGGACAUACAUGGCUUCUCCAGGAAGAGAAGAUGAUGACCUGUAUUCCCGGUAUGUUACACCGGAUUCAUUGGCUGAGUACUACCGAUCAUCACAAAGAUACCCAAGCGUAACUGAACCUGAGCUUCCGCCUUCGUUAGUAACAUCCCGGUAUGCGUAUUCACGGUCUUUGCCUUAUUCUCACCGCUGAAAUUAGAUUGUGUAAUUCUCCUCUCCCUUUGAAUUUAUCUGAUGUUGGAUAUGGAUACUAAAGGUUGCAGCAAAAGGGUACGAUUUUGAUUUGGUUAUUACCUGAUCAUUGUACCAAUUGGUUUCGGCAAAUAAUACCUCUUUUCUCUAAUAGAUAAUGCUAAAACCA